GUCAGACAGUUUCGAAACGAAAGCCAAACAAGUUGCAUCGCAUAUCGUGUUCGUAAACAAACACUAAAAGCGUGCGUUUUUAUUUAUGUCCUCUGGAAACGAAACGUGAAAACGUGAAAAUUCAGGAUGCCGAAAAUCUUCACUCCCACAAACCAGAUCCGACUCACAAACGUGGCCGUGGUUCGGAUCAAGAAGGGUGGCAAACGGUUCGAAAUCGCGUGCUACAAAAACAAAGUAGUCUCGUGGCGAACCGGAGCGGAAAAAGACCUGGACGAAGUUCUGCAGACCGGAUCUGUGUUUACCAACGUGUCCAAAGGUGAAGUGGCCAAGAAGGAAGAUCUGAUGAAAGCCUUCGGAAAGGACGAUGUCACCGAAAUUUGCAAGGAGAUUCUGGCCAAAGGUGAGCUGCAGAUUUCCGAGAAGGAACGACACGACCAGCUGGAAUCGAUGUUCAAGGAAAUUGCCACAAAUGUGGCCGAUCGUUGUGUGAAUCCGGAAACGAAGCGACCCUAUCCGGUGUCGAUCAUCGAAAAGUCCAUGAAGGAUAUCCACUACUCGAUCAAACCGAACCGGAAUGCCAAGCAGCAAGCGCUGGAAGUGAUCAAACUGUUGCAGGAGACCAUCCCUCUGGAGAGGGCUAAGAUGCGUCUGAAGGUCACGCUGCCCGGGAAGGAUGCCAAGCGCUUGAAGGAGAAGGUCACCAAGCUGUGCUCCCCGGUGGAAGCCGAGGACUGGGAAGGGGAUAAGCUGGUGCUCACGUGUCUGAUCAAUCCGGGGCACUUUCGGGAGAUGGAUGAAAUCGUCCGGACGGAUACCAAGGGAGCCGGAGUGCUAGAAGUGCUGAACUUGAAGGAGAUCAAAGAAGGGGAAGAGGUUCUGGAGUAGAUGUUAUGUUUGAGAUGCCUGUAGAUUUUAAUCUGAAUAAAAUUUCAAGAAAACGUUCAAAAUGAA